CUCCUCUCUAUAGCUAAGCUUUGUGUUCAUUGAUUGAUUCAUAAUGUUCAUCAAAUUGGUAAAGUGGAAGAAGAAGGCGGACGAAUUAAUGUUCCACACUUUGAUACGUGUUCAUCCACAAGUAAUACAACAACACCCCGCAAGAGUCAUGAGAGGAAUAAGGCUAAUCAACUGGUUUAUUCUUCUCUUUGGUGUCAUCUCCGUCAUCCUUCUUUUCUACUGCUUCUUCACCUCUGCAGUGAAAUUGUUGGGAAUUAGCACUGGAAGUGGAAGUAGAAACAUCACUGUUUACAACAUGAAUCAAUGGUGGACCGAAAAUAGAAAAAUGGCUACUUCCAACAACGAUCAAUGGACUGAAAACGACACCGAUUAUUUUGAUGUUUCAAUCUUAGCAUCAGAAACGACAGCGAAUUUCAAAACUCCACUGGUUCUGAUGCCGGAACAACAGCUGACGAACAAUCUUGAUGCAUCUUCGCCGAUUGGGGUUGACAAUGGAAUUAGUUGCUUGGCAGUGGAUCUGGUUCAGGAAAUGAAUACUGAAAAUGAUUGAAGGUUGUUUUCAGUGUUAUGCUACAAGUAAGAAAGGUUUUAGUAGGUAUUUCUGUAGUGAACUUUUACUAGUAUAUGAGCUAGUUUGGGGUUGAUUGAAGAGUAUUAGACUGAGUGAGAUAUCACAUUUGUGGAUUUGCAGUACGAAUUAAUAUCUGAUUUUCUGUACUAGAACUAUUGAUCAAGUAAAACUGAAAACAUAGUCUUGCUAUUGCUUCAAUUGAGUAUCAUGGUCAUUUUGGUAAUGCUCUAUAGUUAUUCAAGUGCCAACGAUGUUAAAAGGUACUUGAAAUAAUGGUUGUCAAAAUCACAUUUUAACUUGCCCUUUGGUUAUUUUUGUUAGUUUCCAUCUUUUACUUUUUUUUUUUUUACUAUAUCUAUUUUGGGUAAGGUUUAU